CUCCUCUCCUAACCCAGCAGUUGAGCGCGUGCUGUUACUGUACAUCCCCGUGUCCUCAGUCUCACAGGCAGCAACACACGGGGCUCGAGAUAGACUGCACUGCUGCACGAGACUUUACUGCAGCAUACGGCUCGUGCCUCAGAGCGUUUUUCAAAGAUUACCGUCAAUAAAAAGAGCGACAGAUAAAGACAGAGAGACGCAGUACACAGACUGACGAGCAGCAAACAAACGUCCUGAAGGUGAAGGUGCCUUUUUUUUGGUUCAUCUUCUUUCUCGCUCUACCUUUCCCAAGCCUUCAUCCUCCUCCUCCUCCUCCCUUCUCCCUCUCUCUCUCUCUCUCUGUCUCUGUGAUGCCGGGCUGUGGGUGAGUGUAUGCCCGUGACCAGACUGAAGCUGGGGAAGCUAAAGGUGGUGCGGCGGCAGCUGCUGCAAAGGUAUGAACACCAGCCGUUUGUCUCCUGUCUGGCCGGCCUCUACGGUUGCCAAUGGAGACGAUACCAGAGAGCCCGGGCGCAGCCAGGAGAGUGCUGCUGCAGCAAGGUGGAGUGUGGCAGUUUUGGCCUCCUGAUCCUCACCUUCUUCCUGAGUUUUUUAUUCCUCUAUUUCUGGAGUGAAGCUCAGAAUGACUACAUCGACUUUGACUGGUUUAACUUUGGGACUCUGGGUUUCUGGUUUCCCUGGUCUCUGGUCCUGCUGGUCGUUGCUGCUGCUCUCUUCACAUACAUUGCCCUACUACUGGUGCUGGCAGUGUGUCUUCUUUCUGAGGGUCAGAGACUGUACCUUCACUGGAGCCACAAGACUGGCAUUGUGGUGACAUUGGCAUUCUCCGUCACAGCCACUGCCGUUUUGUCUGACCUCUGGAGCAAGGAAUGGAAGACUCUCCUUCUCUCCCUGCAAGUGACGGCACCUUUCCUCCAUGUAGCUGCUGUCUCGCUAAUGGUGAUUCUCUCCUGGCCACUAGCGUUGCACUUCUUUCGCAUGAACAAGAAAGUGCGUCAGGUGGCUGUCCUGGGUCUCUUCCUGUCCGUGCUGUUCUCUCUCUACCUGGUACCUCUGGGAAUGUACUCACCCUGCAUUAAAGAGGCAGGAAUGCUUGGGCCCGCCCCGACACUCAUCGGACACAGAGGAGCUCCAAUGCUUGCUCCAGAGAAUACUGUGAUGUCGUUUGAGAGGGCAGUGGAGGCUGGAGGAGAAGGACUAGAGACAGAUGUCACUAUCAGUUUUGAUGGAGUUCCUUUCCUGAUGCACGACUCCACUCUGAAGAGAACCACUAAUGUUGCUGAGGUUUUCCCAAAUCGAACACACAUCGAUGCGUCCAUGUUCACCUGGGCCGAGCUACAGCAGCUCAAUGCUGGCAACUGGUUUUUAUCGAGAGAUCCAUUUGGGACUGUGUCAUCCCUGUCUGAGGCAGACUGCUCCCAUGCCCAGAACCAGUCUGUACCCUCACUGGCCCAGUUCCUGAGGGUAGCAGCCCGCACCAAUAGACUUGUGCUGUUUGACCUGCGCAGGCCACCAAACGGACAUCCCUACAGUCAGUCAUACAUUAACACCACUCUGCAGGUGGUGCAGGCUCACAUCAACUCCUCACAGGUGCUGUGGCUGCCAUCUGAGGACAGAGAGUUGGUCCAGGCUAUGGAUCCAGAGCUGCAGCAGACCUCUGGAGAAAAGGCUUCUAUCCAGGAACUGACGGAUGGCCACAUCACCAGACUGAACCUGCACUACAGCACCAUGUCACAACAACAGUUUAGUAAGUACCAGUCAGUCAACAUCAGCACUAACCUGUAUGUGAUUAGCCAGCCGUGGCUCUACUCUCUGGCCUGGUGUGCUGGAGCCCAAUCCGUAACCACCAACUCCAUCCACAUCCUGUCCAAAAUCAACAAGCCGCUCUUCCUCAUGACUCCAGAGGAAUAUAGUUUGAUGUGGAUUCUGACUGAUGCUGUUUCGGCCUUCCUCAUCACUGCAGUUUUCAUAUUCCAUUGGUGGAGAGAAAGAGGCCUGCCCUUCUGGUCCGGGAGCCGUCAGCCUCACGAGAAUGGACCAUACAGCAAAUUCAGGACAGACUCUUCAGAAGUCAUCUGUGUUCGCUGGAGCCCCCUCUACUCUGACCCCCCUACUGGAGCCCUCAUCUCCCUCCCUUUGGUCUUCAACCCAUGACACCCUGCAUGUCAGCCCUGCAUGUCCACCCUUCAGGAACCUUAGCUGAGUGACGUGUGGUCCAUCUCCAGUGUCAACGUUCGACCUGACCUUCGGAGCACACCAAACUCACCCAGUACCCCGCAUCUGCCCACUAUUACAGAGGAGUGACUGGGGGAAAGAGAGAGACAGACAGAAAGACAGAGAGAGACAAGAAAGGUACAGAUAAUGUCAGAUGAAAAAAAAAAUACUUUGAGAGUAUUAACUUGGUUUCAAAUCGAAGUAUUUGUCAGUAACAAUAAAUAUUCAUGACUAAAUAAGUCAGUGUUUCCCCUAUAUCCAUUUAGUAGUGGCACUGCGCUGCUGCUAAAUGAUAAGUGCUGCUGCUAUAUAAAAAUCUCCCCAUAAGCAACUAAGUCGCUCAAAUCAAUCAGCCACCAAUCUUUAUUGGCGGAUCUACAUAGUUUGUGAGACAGUUUCUCUAUACACUGCUAAAAUAACUUCACAAGUCUGGUGGUUCUGACAAACCAUGUACCUGAACACGGUUUGAAUGUUUACUGUUACAUUCAUGGUUUAUUGCUAACAUGACAUCCAGCUCACCUGCAAGUCCUGAGUGCAGACACACUGUGUUUCUCUCCUUGCUCGCCACCACACACACGCAUGGGUGUGAUACACUCAGCUGUUUUCAGUGUUAACAUUUAGCUUUGUUUUGUCCUGUAUUGUGCCCACACGACAACAUGGCAUUGUUAUGUAUACCAACUCUUUCUCAUCUACAUUUCUUCAGGAUUAGAUUUUUGUCUCUGCUACUGGAAAUUCAGAGUUUACAAGGGGGGAUCAGGGGCAGCAGUAACAAUUUUUGGUUUUGUCCAAGCAGGGCUGAAAAAUGAAGCCAACAUGGAAGUGCCAAAAACUUCAGUUCCUCAAAUGGCCACCUGAGGUUGGCUCCAGAGGCAAGUCAAUCCCCAUAGACCCCCAUGCUAAAAUGCCCAACUUCAAAGCAGAAAUAAACAUGUUUACAGCCUGGUACAAAUAACAUUUUUCAUCACUAUAGCUAAUUUCUGCAUUCAUGACAAUUGUACAGGAGGUGAAUUUUUAACUCUCCUGUUUACGUUUUAUUGAGACUUAAAGUUACGCACAUUUAGGGGCAGGUUUCUUUGACAGGCAGACUGUCUGCGAGGGGUCACCACAGUCUAAUCUACACCUCACUCCUCCACAGCUCCACCCUCUCAUUUGAAUUUGUUCACUUCUGCCUCUGCGAUGUCACGGCAGCUACGUCCAUUGUUUUUUUCCAGUCUAUGGUUUUGAUGUCAUUACUCAGAAACCCCUUGAACUACUUGGAUAAAAUUUUAUGUAGGUAACUUGUUAUCUGUGUUUUAGUUGAUAAUAGUCAUCAAUUGUUUUUACAACUAAUAGAGUCACAAUAUUGAAACACUAGAUGUCAAAUGUUACGUCUGAAGAAACAAUUGUAACAGUAUGUGGGUUAUGAGAAGCAUUACAAUAAACAUAACUUCAGAUCUACGACUGUGUACAAAUCAGCAUGUCAUCAGACAUGCUAAAUAUCUUCUAGUGACGCAAAAUAAAAGUUAUGCACUUCAGCACCACUGCUGGAAAAAAUAGUAGGGGAAACACUGACUAUCAAAUAAGAUUUAAAAAAAAUUGUAGCUAUUUAUUUAACACUGAAACUCCAGAUGCAGUUUGAUCAGAUUUUUCUCAGAGUGCUGGCAAUGUACAGUAAACAAACAACCAGUGAGAAUAGUUUAGCAAAACCCAGAAAUGCAGAAAUGACUCAUGUGAAAUAACCAGAACUGUUCUGUCUUUGGUAGACAAUUGUCAUACAGGAGCUCAUCUGUCUUAGUAAGAAGCUGAAUGAGAAAAAGUGUUUUCAUGGCCUUUAAAUAAAAGAGAAAAGGCAAUGCAGUCUUCAGAUAAGAGAACAGAACAGAGAAGCAUGGUCAGGUAAAGUAAGAGACAGCAGCCACUCUUGUCUUUCUCCACUUCUUCCCUCAUCCUCCCUCAGAAUGUGGGCUGACUGCCUGCAGGAACUGGACUGCUAAACCAAACCUCAAUCACUGAUCUGCCAUCAGGGACGGAGUAGACGGACUCUGGGCACGAGCACCAGAGCACCAGUGUCCAUUCCCAUACUGUAAUUUCAUAGAUGCCAUUAAACAGACUGGGCAGAGAGGACAGUUGAACACUAGCCCAGAGGCUAGACAUGCUUGAACAUUUUCAUCAUUCAACGCCACCAGCUGAGCUCAACAACGCAAGAAACUAAACCUCACAAAAGAAAGAAGAAACCAAUGAAUAUGUACUGCUGUAGUAAUACAUGAGUGGCUUUCACUCUUUCUGUCUCAUGUUUCUAGUUGAUAAAAACCAAAUGUUUGUUAAAGGAGGAGCAGCAGAGAAGCUGGAGCAGAGGAUGAUGAUAAAAUGGACUCUUAUGGACAAGGAGCUACACUCUUCAUUUUCAGCUGUACAGAUUUCAGGUGCAUUAGACCAAACCUUAAAACAUGUCUUAAAUUUUAAUCUCUCUGUGUCUGUGAGUUGUUGGAUGUGGUGUAUGAACUGUACAGUGUUGGACUGACAGACUGAAUGUAAACCUGAGGCUUUAGAAGGUAUUGUUAAUUACUGUUUAUGUUUUGUACUAAAGUGAAUGUAAUAUCAAGCAGGGCCAUGUUUCCCAAAAGCAUAUGAGGAAUGUUUUGGCUGGGAGUCAUUCCCGUUUGACUUCAGAUUUGUGCCAAAUGUAGUAUCAGCUGCUAUAAAGAUAAAGAUGCUUUUGAGAAACCAGACCUUGUUACUCUUUUUAUGAGGCAGUAAAUACAGCAUCUGCUUUUCCUCAAAUAUACGCACACAGUACUUUUUGGAAGUAUGACUAUGUAGUCCAUUUGUGCUAUAUUGUCCUAACUUAAACUGAUUUUAGAUCUGAAAUCCAGAGUGUCUUGUCUCAACUUACAGGUUUGAAAUCCAUGAGGUAAGGGACCUUGAUUUUCUGAGUGGUUUUGCCAGUUUGCUGUACAGUGUUGAAGAUGAAGCAGGACGUGCUGCAGUAAGUGCCAUUAAAAAGACACUGGCUUUGUUUUCA